GUAAUGCAGCGAGCCAAUAUAUUAUGGGUGACGCUGGACUCACGACGUAACCCUACCAAAUAGACAUCAUGGCUCAAAUGAACACCACUGUGAUAUUUCAUCACACGGCGUAUCAUUUAACGAUUGAAAUGUGUUACAGUGCAGAGUCUCAAACUCUUCUCAAGUCGGCAAAUAUCUCACACAGUCAAAGGAAGCCCCGAGCCUGCCUGACGUCCUUGGGAUGUCCGUCACUAGUACCAUGAAACAACUCAUGGGAAAAGCGUUAGGGCUUGUUGUAUCGUGAACAUGUUGUGCUACAUAUACGAUUCCACAUUAUGCACAGAAUUGAGUGAAAUGAUAGGCAUAUCAAGCACAACAGUAGCUUCCUCGCCUGCAAUUGCGUUCCGUGUUUCGUCCCUAUUUUGAGUGAAAAUAUAUUCAAUCUUUCUUCCAAACCAUGGCCUCCGCAAGGCAGGAUAUCGCCAUCAUUGGAACAGGGUGUCGCUUCCCAGACUCUGUCUCAAGCCCUAGCCAACUAUGGGAUCUGUUGAUGAAGCCAAAAGUAGUUGCGCAACAGGUUCCAUCGGACAGAUUCAACAUAGAAGGCUUCUACCAUGAAGAAAAAGGCUAUCAUGGGCAUGGGAGCGUCAGAGAAGCGUAUUUCCUCUCCGAUAAGGGCGCACAUCGCUCUUUCGACGCACCAUUCUUCGGUAUCAAGACCGCAGAAGCUAACGUUCUGGAUCCUCAGAUCCGACUAUUGCUUGAAACCACAUACGAAGCGCUCGAGGCUUCCGGGUUGACGAUGGAAUCUCUGCGGGGAUCUGAUACGGCACUCUAUGUCGGCCAGAUGAUGGCAGACUACGAGAUGAUCAUGCUACAGGACCCGGAUUUCAUGGGGAAAUACCAUGCCACUGGCACAUCCCGUGCAAUGACCGCUAAUCGAGUCUCGUACUUCUUCGAUUGGCGAGGUCCAUCUAUGACAAUCGACACAGCCUGUAGCUCAAGCCUCGUUGCAGUACACGAGGCCGUGCGACAACUGCGUACAAGUCAAUCCCGAGUGGCUGUCGCGGCAGGGGUCAACCUCCUACUCAGCCCUAACCCCUUCAUCUCGGAGAGCAAGCUCCAGAUGCUCUCCGAAGAUGGUCGGUGCCGAAUGUGGGACGUGGAUGCAAAGGGUUAUGCUCGUGGAGAAGGCAUUGCUGCAAUAGUUCUGAAAAAACUAGAAGAUGCAGUAGCUGACGGCGACGAUAUUGAAUGCAUCAUCCGCGAGACCAAUGUCAAUACUGACGGGAGAACAUCAGGCAUUACCAUGCCAAGCGCCACUGCCCAGAUCGAGCUUAUGCGUCAUUGUUAUCAGAGGGCUGGCUUGGAUCCAACUCACCCUCUCGAUCGCCCCCAGUAUUUCGAAGCGCACGGAACAGGCACCCGCGUUGGUGAUCCUAUAGAAGCUGAAGCCAUUAGUUCCACGUUUUUCCCCGAGAGUUAUCUCAGCGGGGAAGAGAACCAGAACGGAAAUAACUCGCCCAAGGAGCUGCUCGUUGGUAGCAUUAAGACUGUCCUUGGCCAUACCGAGGGGUCGGCUGGUCUGGCAGGCAUCCUCAAGGCAUCUUUAGCCUUGCAACAUGCAACUAUUCCCCCAAACUUGUUUUUCAAUCAGCUGAAUCCCGAUAUUGUUCCUUACUAUAAACGACUUGAAGUUCCCACUCAAGCCGAACCCUGGCCGGGGGUACAAGGUGGCGUCCGCCGGGUGAGCGUGAACAGUUUUGGGUUCGGUGGCGCCAAUGCCCAUGCCAUUCUGGAGUCGUUUACAUCAAGCGAACUGCCGGUGUCGGAUCCUCGUCCCCAUCCCACGCCAUUAUUCUCACCUUUGGUGUUUUCGGCAGCGUCUUCAAGCUCCUUGUUAGCUUAUCUAUCUCGGAUGUACGAUCAUCUCCACCGAAGUGAAACCUGUAUUGAUGCCAGGGACCUUGCCUACACGCUCCACUCAAAGCGAUCGCGCCACAGUGUGGGCAUUGCACUCUCUGCAGACUCGAGCGAAGGACUGUGCAUCGAACUUAAAGAGACGAUACAAGAGGCUCAGAAAGACUCAAAGGCCUAUUUCAAACCGGCCUCUUCCCUUCGAACGGCUAACGCACCUAGGAUUCUAGGCGUUUUCACUGGCCAAGGUGCUCAGUGGGCACGCAUGGGACAUGAUCUUCUCUCUGCAUCUGAAGCUGCGCAAAGAAUUAUCGCCCGCUUGGAAGAUCGAUUGUCCCAGCUUCCGGAUGGCCCCCAGUGGUCACUAAGUGAGGAACUUUCACGCGAACCUUCAACCUCGCGCCUAGACGAGUCAGCUAUCUGCCAGCCUGCAUGUACAGUGAUCCAAAUUCUGCAGGUUGAGCUCCUCAGGGCGGCCGAGUUGAAGCUAUCUGCGGUCGUAGGCCACUCAUCUGGGGAGAUCGCUGCAGCAUAUGCCGCGGGGUGGAUAUCCGCGGAAGACGCCAUAUGUAUCGCGUAUUACCGUGGCCUGCACUCAAACCUCGCAGGCCACAACGGACGCAUGCUAGCUGUAGAAGGUUCUAUAGACGACGUCAAAAGUUUAUGCGACGAGCCGUACUUUCGCGGUCGCGUUUGCAUUGCCGCCGUAAACUCACCUACCAGCUUCACAAUAUCCGGCGACAGCGACGCUAUCACGGAGAUACACACAAUUUUCCAGGACGAGGGAAAGUUCUCGCGUCUGUUGAAAGUCGAUAAGGCGUACCAUUCCCAUCAUAUGUCUGUUUGCUCGGCGCCGUAUUUGGAAUCUUUAGGGACAUUAAACAUCCAUAUCGGCGCCUCCCACCACUGCAACUGGUACUCGUCAGUUCAUGGUCAAAGCAUUACUGGCAUGAAUGGCUUGACCGGCAGAUACUGGGAAGAAAACAUGUCGAGUCCAGUGUUAUUCAUGCAGGCUCUCCAAUCUGCUUCUGAUGGGGAGGGUUUAUUCGACUUGGCAAUUGAGAUUGGUCCUCAUUCGGCGUUGAAAGCCCCUGUAACACAAACGUUGAAUCAGGUUCUCUAUACCAAUUUAUUCACUCGCGGGCGCCCGAGCCUGAAGUCAUGCGCCGAGAGUCUUGGGUAUGUGUGGACGAAGUUCGGAGGCGAAGUCGUGCAUUUGAGGAAAUAUGAUGAAUUCCUUUCUGCCAAUGCCCCUUGCCGACUGCUCAAGGGGCUUCCCACCUAUUCAUGGGAUCAUCAACUUGACUAUUGGCACCAGUCACGCUUCACUCAAGCUUAUUUGAAUCGCAAAGGCCCCGCGCAUAGCUUACUAGGCCACAUCGCCCCGAACAGUACACCGGACAAGAUUCAAUGGAGACAUGUUCUAAGCCUUGACAUAAUCCCAUGGUUGGACGGGCAUCGGGUCCACAACCAGAUGAUCUUCCCAGCAGCCGGCUACGUCUCCAUGGCGCUAGAAGCUACAAUUGCAGCGUUCGGAGAUUCAAGCAUAGAUCUGAUCGAGAUCCUGGACCUUCACAUCGAGCAUGCGCUUGUCUUUGACGAAAAGUCUAGCUUCGAGAUUCUGUUCAGCCUAGAUAAUAUUGUUUCCGCGUCUGACGGCUCUCUACAGGCAAAGUUCCUAUGCUAUUCUGCCCAUGCCAACCGCGCCGGACACGAACAACUGAGACUGCAUGCCGGCGGUCGUCUACGAACAUCUGUCAAUUGUUCAACCUUGUUUCCCACAAGAGCUCAACCACCACCCCAUCUCCUCCCAGUCGACAACAAUCAGUUCUACAAGUGUCUGAACGAUAUUGGAUAUCACUACGAUGGCUCAUUUACCACUCUACACAGUCUUCAAAGGCGAUCAGGCUUUGCGACAGGGUCAAUUUCCGCAAUGGAACCACCUACGCUCCUAGUUCAUCCUGCCACGCUUGAUGUGGCCUUCCAAACAACGCUACUCGCUUAUUCAGCACCUGGUGAUGGCUCUCUAUGGAUCGUACACGUUCCGUCUCGCAUUCACAACAUCAAGGUGAAUGUAGGUCUGUGUAGGGCUAGUGCGAAUCAACAGACCCCAUGGCAAGUUGACGGCUUCCUUCCUGACAAGGCUGUCACUACUGGCGAUAUUGAUAUUUACCCACAUGACACAAAUGAACCCAUGAUCCAGACUCAGGGAUUAGUGUGUGUGCCACUUUCCUCGUCGGUAGCCGCGGACGAUGCACAAAUCUUUUCCACACUAGUUUGGGAUGUCAUUAGCCCUGACACUGGUGCUUUGGGACAGCCAAAGAUUCCGCACACGUCCGAGGGCGUCGAUAAGAUCGAAGUGCUGGAGCGAAUGGCAGGAUUCUUCCUGAGGAAGUUGGAACGGGAGGUCCCCCUUGGUCACCCUGCGAGACAAGCAGCGCCGUACAAAUAUCUUUUGAACUAUGCGGGUCACGUCAUUUCACAACAAAAGGCCGGUAAGGUUCCACGAUGGAGCAGUGAAUGGGAACUCGACAGAGAGUCGGAUGUCCAUGCAGCAAGUUUACCUUACGCGAACACCGUCGAAGUAAGCCUUCUCGACAAGAUAGGACACAAUCUGGCCGAGAUUGUAGAUGGUACUAAGCUUCCAAUUGAGCUUGGUAUGCAAGGUGAUUUGUUAGCGGGAGCGUAUGCUGGGGGCUUAGGUGUUGAUACGUAUGUCAGUCACGUUGCUAGUCUGGUCAGACAGAUGACUCACCGGUGCCCUAAUAUGGACAUCAUUGAAGUCGGCGCGGGCACUGGGGUCACUACCAAACGUGUCUUACGCGAAAUAGGACACAAGUUCAGAUCUUAUACAUUCACGGAUGUGUCGGCUGGGUUCUUCGACAGUCCAAUGGCUGACCUGGAGCCUUACGAGCUGAUCUUCAAACAGUUCGACCUAGCACAGGAUCCAGUCUCCCAGGGCUUCAUUGGCGAGACAUAUGAUUUGAUCAUCGCGUCGCUCGUGUUACACGCCACGCCGUCGCUGGCGUCCACCAUGGAACACUGCCGGAAGCUUCUGAAGCCUGGAGGUCAUAUAAUUGUUCUUGAACUAUUGCCUGCGUAUCACACCUCCAUUGGUGUAGUCUUCGGUGCCUUUCCCGGGUGGUGGGCGGGCGUCGAAGACGGGCGCGUGCUCACGCCGGCGAUCAGCGUGUCAGAAUGGGAUGAAUUGUUGCGUCAUACAGGAUUCUCUGGCUGUGACACUACGACUCCUCACAAAGAUGACUCUACACAACUGGUUGUCUUUGCGUCGCAAGCCAUAGAUGAAAAGAUCGCGUUUCUCCGUCAGCCGCUCUCUAGUUCUCAACCAUCUCCAGUUGACCUCGAAGACCAGCAUCUCAUUAUAAUUGGCGCCGAAGGCCCUCAUCUACAAGACAGCAUAGUGUCAUUGCAGUCACUCUUGCGGCCUCAUUACCAGUCAAUCACGUAUGUUGAACAGCUGGCGAGGAUUGAUCUGGACAUGAUCUCACAGAGCGCAACAAUCCUAAGUUUAGCCGAUCUUGGUUCCCCCGUGUUCAAAUUCCCGAUCAGUCACGAAGUAUGGAAUGCGAUAAAGAAGAUUCUCCUCAAGGCGCGCUCAGUCAUAUGGGUAACCCAUGGACGGCUUGCCGACGAGCCCUAUAGCAACAUGAUACCCGGUCUAGUGCGAUCGGCUGUAAGAGAGCGACCGGGUCUCAAGUACUUGUUCCUAGAGAUCGAGAAAUGGAGUCAAUCAGCUGCGAAAUUCAUUGCCGAAUCCGUUCUUCGUCACAAAGCCGGGACCUACUGGCAACACCAAAACGCAACUCACGUCACUGUCGAGUCUGACAUUAUGCUCGAUCAUGCAGACAAUAUCCUGAUCCCACGACUAGUCAUGAACCAUGAAAUGAACGACCGCUAUAAUUCUAGAAGACGACCAAUUAUUCAUCCGCUCACUUCAAGCGAGACGACGGAGCCUUUUCAUGUAGUGAAAGAGGGGCCAAGUUUCGUCGUAUACCGGGCCCCGUCAAUCGGUCUACAGAAAGACGCAGCAUCGCCUCCACUGCUGACAACGAUCCGAGCUCUUUUAUACGCCGUGAAGGUCUCCGAGUUCAGCUCAAUGUUUCUUAUGCUUGCUGAGAGUAGCCGAUCGGAUCGCUACGUUGUCUUAUCAUCUUCAUGCUCAUCACUUUGUUCCUCGCCGCUGCGACAGUCCGUGCCAGCCGAAGUUACAGCUGGUCGCGAAUCACAAUAUAUAGUCCUGGUCACUUAUCACCUCAUUAUUUCCCAAGCACUAAGCGGUUUGGCCUCUGGCGAUGUUAUCCUUGUCUAUCAACCUGAUCGUGACUUGGCUCAGAUACUGUAUGCAGCAGCAAAGCUGAAAGGAGUCGAUGUGGUGGCCGUGACCGAAACGGAAGAAUAUUAUUCCUUCGAAGGAAUACGAUGGAUCCGAGUUCACUCGAACGCCCCAGAUCGAGUCUUGAAUCGCCUGAUACCCGGGAAAACGGCUUUGUUCCUGGAUUUAGUAGCCCAUGGUAGUAAUAACCCACUGGGAGAUCGUAUCGUUUCCAAGCUUCCCGUCCAUUGUAGAUGGGCGUCCCUAGUCUCUCUAUUGACGCCCUCUUCGUCGCAGCCAUCCCAGGGCCAUGUGGCAGAGCUCGAAGCUAGGCUUGCAACCGCAGCAAAAGAGGCAACCAAGUCCAUAAAUCAAACUGAUUACGUUCACCGAGAAUUGUCUACAACCGUCGCUAUAGAAGACCUCUCAAGCCUUAACAGCCCACCACACUUAACAGUCGUUGACUUCAAGAAACAGUCCGAGGUCCUCACGCAUGUGCAAUCCGCAGGAAGUUGUGUCAAUUUCAGCAGCAAAAGAACAUACUGGCUGGCAGGGCUGAGUGGUGGCUUAGGCAAGUCGCUCUGUGAGUGGAUGGUUGAUCGCGGGGCUCGAUACUUUGUGAUCUCAAGCCGACACCCGAAGAUUGAUCAGCGAUGGCUCGAUGACAUAGCCACCUCCGGCGCCGUUAUCAAAAUCUCAACAUGCGAUAUCAUGCGAUCUGAAGAGGUCAUGUCGUUAUACAACCAGAUAUGCUGCACCAUGCCUGCGAUAGCCGGUGUCGUACAAGGGGCUGGGCUCCUCCACGACAUGGCAAUUGAAAACAUGUCGCUAGAGGACUUCCUCGGUGUCGCAUCGCCCAAGGUGCAAGGAAGCUUGAACCUGGACCAAAUAUUUCAGCAGGAUAGUCUUGACUUCUUUAUACUCUUUUCGUCAUGUGUCAGCCUGACAGGCAAUCCGGGGCAGGCAAGCUACUCAGCAGCCAACGCCUUCAUGGUGGCUUUAGGCGAGCAACGCCGCAAGAGAGGACUAGCCACAUCUGUCAUGAACAUUGGUCCUGUAUACGGAGUCGGAUUGAUAACCGAAGGAAUGUCCAAUGUCGCGCUUAAUGAGUCAGUUUUAAGACAAGGGCGCUAUAGGCCACUCUCGGAACAGGACUUCCAUGAAAUGUUUGCAGAGGCUGUCGUGUCAGCUGCCAACCCCUCCCCGAUGCACGGAGACAUGUACACUGGAAUCAGCCUCAUCCGCGAGGAGGAAGAGAACCCGCCAAAUUGGAUAGCAGAUCCGAUCUUCAGCCACCUCGUGAGGGCUGACAAGAGAGAAAAGAAAGCUGGCGGGAGCAAGUCACGGUCGAGGAACACUCUCCAGACGCAAAUCACCGGUGCCGAGUCAGCAGAAAAACAAUUUGAAGUGAUACAUGAUGCUAUUCUCACAAAAGUCCGAACAAUAUUCCAACUAAGAUUGGACCCGUCAGAUGUAGAAACCGUUGAGAAUAUGCGACUUGACGAGCUUGGAAUUGACUCGCUCUUAGCGACCGAGAUUCGUACCUGGUUGUACAACGGUAUGGGAAUCGAUAUACCUGUUCUUAAGAUGCUGGGCGGGAUUACGGUGUUGGAAUUGAGUGAGGCAACAUUCAAAGCGGUUCAGUCCAACUCAAAACCAUCUCCGGAAGAGGGAUUAUCUGCUUCUGAUGCGCGGGACGCAUCGCUGGCGGGGCCUGUCUCAAAGUCAGAGGAGCUGACUAACGGCGCGACGGACUCUUCAACAACAGAAGUAGAUACCGCAGUUCAUCGAGCGGCCCCGACCCAAACCGAUGCGAAUUUUGACUGGGAGGCAGAAGCAAGUCUCACAGACUCCUUGCUCAAAGCCGCAGAUCUUGGGCUCAGUGAACACAAAGCACAGCCUUACAGGCACAAGAUAGUCGUUGCUUUGACAGGCGCCACUGGGUAUCUCGGAAACGGAUUGCUGCGGGCUCUAAGCGCGGAACCAAAUGUGACAAAAAUAUAUUGCCUUGCAGUCCGGAAUGACAACUUGUUAAAAGACAUAGUUGCCCCAGGCAGAGCCGAGAAGGUAUGCAUAUGCCAAGGCGACCUCAGCCAGCCGUUACUGGGUCUUUCCGAGAAAGACGCGCGCGACAUCAUGGCGGAGGUUGACGUAGUCGUUCACAACGGCGCAGACACGUCAUUGGCGAAAAGCUACUCGACAAUCCGCGCAUCCAACGUCGACUCGACGAAAGAGCUAGCGCAGAUGAUCGCACAAUCUGGGAAGCUCGUGCCGUUGCACUAUAUCUCCACGGUUGCCGUUGGCAACAUCAUGGCGGCACCCUCGACGCAAGACAGCGAGCGAAUCUUUCGCCCGAGUUCCAUCGCGCAUUACAAGCCGUUAGCUUCCCAAACUGCCGUGGCACAAGGAUAUAUCUCAUCGAAGUGGGUUUGCGAAGUCUUCCUGGAGCGUCUUUCCGCGAAAUUCCGCGCGAACUGGCCGAUUUACAUUCACCGUCCAAGUUUCAUCGCCGUCGUAAGUGAGGCGGGCCCACGUACAGACUUCGUGCACAAUAUCCGGCUCUACUCUUCAUAUAUAGGCGCAGUGCCGAAGUUUACGAGUAAGCAUAUUCGCGGGGUCAUCGAUAUCGUCCCGUUGGAGAAGGUUGUGGAAGGGAUAAUGGCGUCGGUCCUGGCAUCCUUGUCCCCAUCACUUGCCAAUGGUGAUGCGCUCUCGCCUGGUGAUACCGAUAAUGGGGACUCGGUUUUGCCCGCAGCCACUAUAGCAAGUACUGGAAAGCUUCAAAAUGGGGAGCCUCGGAACCCUGGCAGUUCUCAGGGUGUACAUUUCCUUCAUCAUUUGAGCGGUGACCAGCUUCGCGUGAGUGAUCCCAAAAGCUGGAUGUUGGCAAACGACAAUCGGACAAGCGAGACUACUGCGACACCUCCACGGCAAGAGCUCGGGACAGAAAAUGAAGAAUUUGGCGAGAUCCAACAGCUGGAUGUUACUGACUGGACAGAGAAAGCUCUGUCGAUGGGCAUGCGCGCUUCGCUGAUAUCUAUGUUGAGAAGUUUAGACACUGAUGAGGGGUUUGGGAGCCUAGUCUUCCCAGCAACAACCGCUAUUUAAUCAAUGCAGGUCUCGAAUAACGAAGCUGCGAAUUACUGACAAGGGAGUUGAAUUGCACAGAUCGGUAUGCCAUCCAUGAAAAGGAUAACCGUCUGACUGUAUCUACACUAUUUGCCACUAGAAGACAAUUAACGAUAAGCCUUAAUAAGAUCUCAGUCCAUGCUUAGGACAACAAACAAAAAUAGUAAUAGAUAUUUGCCCAUAAACUAAUAUCUG